ACGCGCGCGACUCGGCCCGCCCCUCCGCCGCCCCCGAUGGGUAUGCGCCGACAUGAAGACCGCAAGAAAGUUGCAGUGUUUGUGAGUGCCAGUGAGUGCCAGUGCCGUGAUACGUGAUUUUGUGAUGUGUGGUGAUCAGUGCUAGUAGGAGUGGUGGUGCAUCGUCGACCACGACGUCCGUGACGUCCCCGAGCCGACAGACGGGACCGGGACGGGCCCCUCUGCCGUCCAAACGAUCCCUCAUGGGAGUGUAUGAGAACCAGCCAUCGCAACGCCCCGGGAUGCAUUGGCCGCAGCCGGAGCGCCAGCAGCCGUGCGUGCAGCACGCGUACGACCCGUCGCGCGACCUGUCGCCGAACCUGCCGCACCAGGCCUCGUCGUCGGCGUCCUCGUGCUCGUCGUCGUCCACCACGCCCACGCUCAGGCCCAAGCAGGAGCGGCCCUGCAGCCCGGCGUCGUCCCUGGCCGGCGACGGCGGCCCCGCCUCCACGACCACCACCGAGUUGGAGGCGGCGGGGCCGUGCGCGGGCUGCGGGCAGCGCAUCUCGGACCGCUUCUACCUCCUGGCCGUGGACAGGCGGUGGCACGCCGCCUGCCUGCAGUGCUGCUCGUGCCGGCACGCGCUCGACGGCGAGGUCACGUGCUUCUCGCGGGACGGCAACAUCUACUGCAAGAAGGACUACUACCGGUUGUUCGGCAUGAAGCGGUGCGCGCGCUGCCAGGCCGCCAUCUCGUCGUCCGAGCUGGUGAUGCGCGCGAGGGAGCUCGUCUUCCACGUGGCCUGCUUCACGUGCGCGCUGUGCCACUCGCCGCUGUCCAAGGGGGACCACUUCGGGCUGCGCGAGGGCGUGGUGCUGUGCCGCCUGCACUACGAGACGCUGCCGCCGGCCACGUCGCCGACGCCGUCCUUCCCGCCCCAGAUGCCGAUGGGCCCCCACGGCCCCCACGGCCCCCACGGCCCGCCGCACGGCCCGCACGGCCCCAUGCCGCCGCACCACCACGACCCCAAGCUGCCCUUCUUCAACGGCGGCGUGCCCCCCGUCGGCGUCGUGUCCGCCGGGCCGCGGCAGAAGGGCCGGCCGAGGAAGCGGAAGCCCAAGGAGCUGGAGGGCAUCACUGCCGCCAUGGGUGACAUGGGCGGCGACUCGUACCUGGACGGGCCCUUCGGCCCCGGCACCCCCGGCAUGCACGGCAACUCGCGCUCCAAGCGGAUGCGCACCUCCUUCAAGCACCACCAGCUGCGCACCAUGAAGUCGUACUUCGCCAUCAACCACAACCCCGACGCCAAGGACCUCAAGCAGCUGUCCCAGAAGACGGGGCUGCCCAAGAGAGUACUGCAGGUGUGGUUCCAGAACGCGCGCGCCAAGUGGAGGCGGCUCAUGCUCAAGCAGGAGGGCAAGGGCGGCGACAAGUGCGGCGGCGACAGCCCCGGCGACAUGGACCACGGCUUCGGAGGCUCGCUGGGCGGCGCGCCCGGCGGCCCCCACAGCCCCCAGUUCAUCCUGGGGGGCUCGCCGCUGGAAUGCUAGCAGGGGGCGGCGUCGGACCGCACCGCCGAGUCCGACGCCGUGUACCUGCCGUCCUCCUUCGAGGCCGGCGCCGUGGACGCGCCCUACUUCCUCCACGGCCUGCACCGCCAGGACCGCGCCGUCGACGAGCACCUCCAGGACGCCUCGUCGUCCUCGCUGCUGGACCUGGACGAGGAGUCCUCGUCGUCCUGCUCGACGGCGCCCUCGCGGUACCUCUGCCUCGCCCAGCUCUGAGCGCUGGCCGCGUCGCCCCGCCGCCUGCCGUGCCGUCGACUAAUCGAAACGUCGAUUUAAUUGUGAAAAAUUGGGCUCGGUGCGGCCAGGCGCGCGCUGUUGGUCCGGCAGACGCGCCAGUGCAUUGUGAUACCCGCUGUGGAUGAAGCAGAGAAGUACCUGAUGAACAAACGUCUUCCCUGCCCCCCCCCUUUUUCUCCAGACAAUUCGUGCCCCCUCCCCCUCUCGGAUCGUGAGGUUUGGACAAUGGCACACAGCGCGCGCGCUACAUCCAUGGCCCCAACAGAGACUUCUUGUAUAAGUUCCUACCAAAUGGCAUUACAUAAGUGUAAUGUGUGUUAAUGAUAAUAAAUCGUGGCUUGUGAUCUUAAUUAUUGACUUUUUUUUGAGCGAUGUACAAAGUGUAUACAAGUGUAACCUGUUUGUAAUGACUAUUUACUCCAAGGCGAACGCAAGGCUUGCUGGGACACAGUGCUAUAAUAUUGAACAUAAAUGUAUGGAAAAGUCUGUGAAUUCGUUAUUGUGUUGUUGCAUUGUAGCAAUAUGUGAUUGAGGCAGGUGUUAUCUGCGCAAAGGAAAAGUGUGCAUAUUAUGAAGCUACGCUUUCGCAGGAUUAUUUUUUUUCUCCGAACAACAACGAUUUGUUUUUUGUUGAUUUUUUUUUGUUUCGAGUACUGAUAUUUAUGUGAACUCCUUCAUGUAAGACUGCUUGGCCACAGGGUGAAGUGUGUGGCGGAUUUUUAUCCCCAAAUUCCGGGACAAAGGAACUUGAAGUACGGCAAAGUUUCGGAAACGUUAGAAACCAGGAUGAAAAUGGCACUUUUAAAACGGGUUUCUUACUGUUCAAACUGCGGGCAUGGCCAAAUACUUUUUGCACGGGUAUGAAAGCAUACGAGGUCUGCGGGCAGGCUGCUUAUGUCUGCAGCGCUGCAGCGCCAUUGGCUGCUUCGCCGAAGCGCUAUCGCUGAUUCAGAAGCCUGGCGAGAGAAUCGGCGAAAAUUCACAGGUUGGCAGCAGUGCUGCUGCAGUGUUGGCAAGCAUGUAACAGGGGAGGGGGAACCAGUCGUGGGAGACCGACCGGCCGGCCUCGUCUUCCUUGAACAGCGUGUGGGGCGAGGCAGGGCCAUAGCAGUGAAGGGGCAGAUGCAACAGUGCGAAGCCAGCACUGUAAGGACAAAAGGGUGUAGUACCGUGCCAUUCACGCACUGCAAAAAAAAAAAAAAAAAAAAAAAAUUACGAAUCGUGCCCGCGUGCUCGCGAACCUGAAAAGAAAUAUUGCCGUUUAGUUAAUUUCAGAAAGUGGAAAAAUUAAAUUACGAACGCAAAAAAAUAACCACAAGAAAAACAUGAAUGUGUUUGGACGUCAGAGUGUGCGGUUGCCUCACUUCUUUGCUCUUUCGAGUCGCGUUAGUUAAAAGCUUGUCGAAUUAAUUAUGCUAAUUAUUCAUUGGCCGAUGCGGGGCUCUCGUGCCGCGCCGCACUUCAAGUAGUGUAGUCGGCCACUUUGUUGCUACGGAUCCCGAUAGCGCGGAAGCCCCGAAUUUAGACUCAAUUUGCAUACUCUCUCGCGGCCUCUAUUUUUCGCCGAGACAAAAUUUUUUUAUUUUAUUUUUCCGUUUCCUCAGUCGGACUGCUUUUUCUCGCGAUGGCCAUCCUCGCGUUUCGGUUUUAUGGGAUGGUUGAACUUUUGGGGCCGCGGGUCGUUGCUCGGGGCCGCGCGCCCCGCAUGCAUGCCGAAACUUUGCCGUACUUCAUUUUGCCUUGCCCGAAUUCUAGAAUUUCAAACAGCAGAAAAACGAUCGAUGUAGUUAAGGAUUUUUUAAAUUUUACGGUUUGUAAUUAGUGUACAAUGUCAAAAUGAUAUACAAAUAUUAAUUUUAUUUUUAUCACGUUAUGUUCCUUGAUGUUGUUUUUUUUUUCAUAUUUUGGCAGUUGUGAUGAAUUACAAGACGAACGCCUCGUUUUUGUGAUUGUAUAUUGUCUGUCAAGAACACCAAUUGUUUGUCAAUUGGACUGUCAUUUUUUUUAAAUACCUACAUGAGAUUAAAAAAAUUGGCACAUUAUUUAA